AUGGUCGCCGACAUCAACCAACUCCCGCCUUACACCCCGCCCCCGCCAACACAAGAGGACCUCGACUACGUUGACCUUGUCAACAUCGAUCUUUCAAAAUUUGAUACCCCCGAGGGCCGCCAACAGCUUGCCAAAGACCUGUACGAGGCCGCUACUGGCUAUGGCUUCCUUUACUUGACAAACCAUGGCAUCUCCAACGAGACCUACGAGCGCCAAAUGCGCAUCGCCAAUGCGGCGAUGACACUCAAGCCCGAAGAGAAGGCCCCUUAUGAAGUAACCCCCGAAGAGGAUGCUCGUGGACUUUAUGCCGGAUACAAGCCUGCGGGACCUCUCGGUCACAAGGGUGGCUUCCCCAAGGCCCUGGACCACUACAACAUGCUUGUUCACGAUCCCAAGGACCGCCCUCACCCCGAGAUCAUCCGUCCGUUCAUGGACGAGACGUACGAAGUCAUGAGCUACAUCCGUACCAACAUCUUGGUGAAGCUGCUCAAGCUUGUCUCCAUGGUUCUUGAAGUUCCCGAGGAGAAAGUUCUCUCUACACACGCCCCUGGUGGAUCCAAGACUGAAUAUCUGAGAUAUGAGGAGAGCGAAAAGUACCGUGAUUUUUUCCUUGCUGGACACACCGAUUGGGGCACUUGGACAUUCCUUUUCUCCCAGCCCGUCGCAGCACUGCAAGUUCUUUGCCACGAGACUGGCAGAUACCGUCACGUCCGCCACGUUCCCCACGGAAUCGUCGUCAACUUCGGCGAGGCCCUCGAGCGCCUCACCGGCGGCCUCUUCAAGGCAACAAUCCACAGAGCCAUCCAGCCGCCCAUGGACCAGCGCCACCUCCGUCGCAUCGGCGUAAUCUACUUCUCCCGCCCCGCCGAUGAGCGCGAGCUCGUCCCCAUCGAGAACUCACCCCUCCUCCAGCGCAUGGGCACCGACAAGCCCAUCGACGAGCGAGUCUUCUGCAUGGCCGAAUACCUCGACGCGAGAAAGCACGGGUGGAAGCGCUACGACUUUGACAUUGACCGCCCUCGUGAGGAAGGUGUUCACCAGGACCCCUUUGAUGGCGAGUACACUGACCCCGAGGGCCACAAGUCGCUCGGAAAGUUUGAUAAUGUGCCGCGUCUUCAGUACAGCUUGCCUACUGUCAAGACUGGCACCGCUUGA